AGAGGACUAAAGUGUUUUAUCUAUUAUUAAAUGUAAUACCACAGCUAGAAUAGACUCGUUCAUUGGAGACGUUUUGAUAAGUCAUAGCAGGUGUAACUCAUAUAAUAGACUGCACUUCCUGUACGCUGGUGUUGCGCAUGCUGGCUCACAGUCCCACUUGAAGUCGGCCAUCAUUAAUGUUAUUAGUUACACCUGUGCUGUAGCUGCAAUGACAAGUCAAUAUGGAAGCUCUGUUGUCUAAUUUUUAAACUAGUGGAACAUUUUACUUGAAGGGAUGCCUAUUACAAAGUAUGCAAUGCACAAGUUAAAACACAACUUUAAGUUUGCCAGAGUGUGUAGCAUUUAUAUAGCACCAGUGAAGACGCUGAAUCAAAUUCAAUGUCUCCAAGCAUCUAAAAGCGCUUGCUUCUGCUUCUGUCUGUGAUCAUGUGGGCCAGCAGCUGGCACUUUCCUGUACAAACAGCAGAUGGCGCACUGCCCACCGCUUCCUGUGACCUUCUGAUGUGGGUCUGGUGUGUCAGGAGGGAGGAGGGCCCUCUCUUCAUGUGAAAUCAUUACAAAUCUUUUAUCAGAUACACAGCUGUUGGACGGCUGUCUCACAAAUAUUUGCACAACGCGUUUCCGUUCCGAGUUAAAAGCCGUCAAUUGGUGCAAAACAGUGCAGGUGAAAUCUGAUCGCACUUGAGUUCUGAAGAGUUUUUUUUUUUUUUUUUUUUUUUUUUUUUGUGUGUGAAAUAUUUUGCAACAAGUUCAGGAACUGCGUAACUUUAGAGACACUUUUCAUGUGCUAGCUGCUGGGUCCCGGUGUUGGCAGAAAGUGGAAGGAGACUUGUUACUGUGCGCCCGGCUGCUGAUCAGCCAUUGUCGGAAAAGGGCAAGGACUAGUUCAUUUGCCCCCUGGCUACAGUGUUAGCUGUAUGCAUGAAAGAAACUGCUGUAUGAACACUUGGAUGAGCCAUGCGGCUGCUGGCCCGGGUCAAAUUGGACUGCCUGUAACCGGGGAUGGAUUAGUAUCUUAAUUCCUGUUUUUCCGACGGUUUGUAAAUGCACCAUUAUUUGCGUAAUACACUUUGUAGGAAUUUUUCGAGGUUUCUGACGUGCCAACUUCAAAAAUGAGCAGAUAGCUCACUUGUUGCGCAGGUUUGUGAUUAAAUGUGAGAGGAGGAGAGAGGAAUAAAUCCUCCAGCACUUUGUCCUGCAUUCCUGCCUGCCGGAGGAAGUUGUUUGGCUGUUUUCUGUCCUCUUCAUCACUGCACAACUCCGUGCUCCCAUCUGGGGACCACAGGCAGCAACAUCAGGAAGAAGAUGGCAUCCAAACAACCCUGGACUCAGAUCAUAAUCACACUAUCGUCCUUAUUCUCCCUGGUCCUGUGCAGCAUAGCGGCAGAUGUCCCAGAGGAGGAAGGCUUCAGUGCUGAGGCAUGGCUUCGUAAGUUCGGCUACCUGUCUCAGGCGAGCAGACAGAUGUCCACCAUGCAGUCGUCUCAGAUUCUGUCCAAAGCCAUCAGCGACAUGCAGCGCUUCUAUGGCCUAGAGGUGACCGGAGUGAUGGACUCUGCUACUGUCGCGGCCAUGCGUCGGCCUCGCUGUGGCCUCCCAGACAGAGAACCAACAGAGAUGGAUGGUGCGAGGAAGAAACGCUACACUCUCACUGGACAGCAGUGGGGCAAAGACCACAUCACUUACAGUAUAAUGAAUCAACACAUCCCCUCCUCGCUGGGCGAGGAACGGACGUACGAUGCUAUCCGCACAGCCUUUGGCGUGUGGAGACGGGUCACCCCGCUCACCUUUGAGGAGUUACCUGUUGAAAACAACAUCAAUGGCAGCCGGGCAGAGCUCGCUGACAUCCUAUUGUUGUUUGCCUCUGGUUUCCAUGGUGAUAUGUCAUUGUUUGAUGGCGAGGGGGGGUCGCUGGCCCACGCCUACUACCCUGGACCAGGAAUAGGUGGGGAUACACACUUUGAUGCUGAUGAGCCUUGGACACUGGACAACCAAAACCCAGAAGGUGUAGACCUCUUCCUGGUUGCAGUCCAUGAGCUUGGUCAUGCUUUGGGUCUGGAGCACUCAGAUAACCCCAGUGCUAUAAUGGCUCCUUUCUACCAGUGGAUUCACACACACAAUUUCACACUACAUGAGGAUGACAUCAAAGGAAUACAGUACAUAUACGGUCCUCCUCUGAUCACUGGUGCUCCACCCACUUCUCCUCCGGCCCCUGGUGACAAACCCAACGAUGACUCCCCCACCUCCCCUUCUCCUCCUGAAGACGAACCCACCUCCACUUCUCCCACCGACCCCCCACACGAAUCACCCGACCCGACCGACAGCAGCCACCAUCCCCCAGCCCGGCCGGAGCCGAGACCCAGCCCCACCUCACCUCCUGUCCUCCCCACCGACUCCCAGCCUGAGCCAGAACCUGUCACCCCGCACAUUAGAAAAGAUGUCCCACCUCCUCAGCCUCCCCCUCCCCCUCGGCCCCCUCCUCCUCCCCGACCUCCCAAGCUGCCGGACAACCAGGCCCCCAAUAUCUGUGAUGGGGACUUUGACACGGUGACCAUGCUGAGGGGGGAGAUGUUUGUUUUCAAGGGUCGCUGGUUCUGGCGUGUGAGGAGGAACCGGGUCUUGGAUAACUACCCCAUGCCGAUAUCUGUCUUCUGGAUCGGCCUGCCUAGUGACAUCGACGCAGCCUACGAGCGCCACGAUGGCAAAUUUGUCUUCUUUAAAGAUGAUAGAUAUUGGGUGUUCAGGGAGGCUGACGUACUGCCAGGAUACCCACAGCCCUUACAUGAGUAUGGACAAGGAGUUCCUGCGUACAAGAUUGACACAGCAAUCUGGUGGGAGCCCAACGGAUACACAUACUUCUUCUCUGGAGACAGAUAUUGGCGAUACAAUGAGGAGACCCGGACUACAGACCGCGACUUCCCCAAGCCAAACAGUAGAUGGGGCAGAAUUCCUCCCUCACCCAAAGGAGCCUUCCUCAGUGAUGACGGCGCUUACACCUAUUUCUACAAAGGCACCAAUUACUGGAGGUUUGACAACCGCAAGACCGAAGCAGACAAAGGCUACCCACGCUCCAUCCUGAAGGAUUUCAUGGGCUGUGUGGGAGUCCCUGACCCUAAGCCUGAUACAGACACUGAGAAGGAACCAAAAGACAAACCAGUCAACCCUUCAGACCGAGGCAAAGAUGAGCACAAAGAGCCGGACAGGGGCCGGGAUAAAGACACAAACCAGGAGCAAGACCACACCUCUAAGCCUGACAGCACAGAGGAGGAGAAGGACAAAGAGGUGAACGUGGUCGUGACGGUGGCCGACAAUGAAUCAAAAGUCAUGACCCUGAUCAUGGUGAUUAUUCCUCUGGUGCUCAUCCUGUGCAUCCUCGUCCUAAUCUACGCCAUCCUCAGGACUCUGCAGAAGAAAGAGACGCCGAGGGCCUUGGUGCACUGCAAACGUUCGUUGCAGGACUGGGUGUGAGGCACAGAAUUAGAAGAGAUAGAACAGAUAUUCAUCAUUUAUCUGGUACAGUCGUUGGCGUAAAAAAUUAUAUUCAUGGCGUGGUGGAAAGAAGCUUCAACACAGUACUAAAGUCUAAGAAAGCUGAGGAUGAGUCACCGUUUUGGGCCCCAUUCAUUGUGAGAACUUUUAUUGCUCAUGUGACAAAAUGCAAAAGUGGUAAAGUUGGCUACAGUGUACGUUUCCCUCUACUGGCCUUGAAGUUUUUCUCCUGUGCCUCCCUUUGUGCCUUCCAAAUGUCUGAAAAAGUACCUCUAUUUCUUAAAAAAUCACAUUUAUUCCAUCACGACAUUUAAAAAAAAAAGAUGUGGCAGCCACCAGAUGUGUACUGUAGAAGACACAUGACACACUAGGAAUGUCCGUUUCUAUCAAUUCUAAUUGCACAGAGGGACAGAUUUAUUUUUAGUAUAAAUGCAGACAAAGUCGAUAAUGCACAUACACUACACAGAAGCACACAUACUGUACAUACAUACACAUACACACACACACGAGUGCUUAUAGCUAUGAAAACAAAUAUACAUAUAAGUCUUCCAUAUGUUUGACUAUGGUGCCUCUACCAAUCUUGACAUUGUCUUUGUUUAGAACAGAUGAUUUGCACUUUUGAUUCUGUUUAUUGUUGUCUUUAUUUUGCUGAGGUUGCUUCACUGCAGAUAUGUGUGUCUGUGUGUUCGUGCAACGCAGAACUCUUAUUAAAAACACAGACACACACUUGCAGAAGAAGCUCGUCCUCUGACCAGCGCAGGAAUGUCAGACAGCUGUGUCUCCCACUGAGCCCAUUAUGUCUGCCCUCUCUCUCUCUCACACACACACACACACACACACACACACACACACGAUCUAAAAAAAACCCCUAACUGCACUCAUUUGUGCAUGCAUGUCCACAUAUGCAGACACACACACCAAGACAUAGAGACCACUUACCCAAACAAAGGCACAUAGAGUUUUUGCACACAGACAGAAGGGCUCCAGCUUUCCCCUCCUCCCACCACAGCCACGAUAACUGUUCAGACUGCACCACUAAAAACACAAUCCCAGCGGAGACAUAUUGAUAUACAACUGGUGCCAGGGCUGGGAUGAAAUACAAGAGGAGGGGGAUUUAGUCACAUUUAACGAGAAGAACUGAAAAGUGUGUCCAUUUCAACUCGACCUGUGAAGAGUAAAACCAUAGCAACAGUAUCCCUCUUUCUGUAUUUCCUCUUCUUUUUUCAUGCUAAAGCUAAAUAAAGUCGAAGCUAAUUAAGUGUACAUGGGAGAAGCCUGCAGGUUAGAGAGGAAUGGGUCAGGGUCUGGUUUCCAUUAAGCCCACAUGCUGCAGAUUUAGUAGUGUCAGGCAUGAGGAGGGGGGAGAGUUAGAGGGAAAAAUGCAAAAAGAAGGAGGUAUAAUAAAAAUUGGUAGUGGGGAGUAAGGAGAGAGAGGAAAUGAGAGAGAAUGAGAUGACGAGGGUAAGAAAAAAAAAACGGGGGAGGCACAGAUUGAGGAGGGGAGAGGGAGGGCUCUGCCAGCAUUUCCUAUCCAGUUUUCUCUGGAGCUGGAGGAGGGCGGGAAAGAGGGAGGAAGGAAUUUGGCAGAGGUGCAGCGCUGGCGUUGCGCCUCCUGACCUAGAUUGGGACACUUAAGUCCACUCCUCCUUUUCAAGUCUUCUUGUUUUUGCUCUGUUUGUUAUCAUGAGCUGGAGAUGACUUCUGCGAUCCCUCCUCCCUUCCUCCUCUAUCUUUCUCUGCACUUCUUUCUUUUCCUUUUGUUUGUCCAUUCUCAGUCUGUCUUUUUCUCUCUCUUUCGUUUCAUUGCUGUACCUUACCCCACUUCUGCGCUCCCAAAUGUAUUCAUUUUCUUCUCCACUCUUCUUCCGCUCCAUGUGGAAAGUUAGCUCAAGCAUUUAAAAGAUACUUAAUGCACAGAAACAUCUGCAUCCACUCUCUCUGUGUAAAGCCACUAUUCACAUGCUACAAUCAUUCACCUUAGGUUUGUGCCUAUAUUUUAUUUUGGCCUGUUUUACACGUUUCAUUGUGCCUUUUUUUCUGUGAAUAUUGGGGGGCAUUUUGUUUUACUAUAAAUAGCAUGAGGGAAAGUUUUUAAAAUGUGUUUCUUCCCUUUUUUACUCUACUUAUCAUUUGUAGUUUUGUAAAUUUUGUUUCUGUUCAGGUUUUCUGUAAGAACAGCAGUAGAUUAUUACAACGAUGUUGAUGCAUGCAGGGCAUGUUCUGUAAGGCCUGUGCACUCCUGUGUAGAGUACGUUAAAGAUUUCACAAUAAAACUCACAGGUAAAAGCAA